UUCACCAUCAAGCCUGAGCAGAGUCCAGGGAAGAUGAAGGUUAUGGUAAGAGAAGGUCUGAUUUUCUGCGCAGAAGUACGAGAAAAUGGUUCAUUUCAGCCAGAAUCACAAGUCCAGGGCCAGCUGCUUUCCAAGGGAAACCAGAAGGCUCACCAGGGCAGUAGGACCCCCAGAAGGAGUCCCAGCAGAGCCCAGCCAGCAGUAGUCGUCUCUAGCAGACACAGGAAGCCUUCUGGUCCAGCCCAGGUGUUGCCGCCCAAAUUCUGCCCCAAGCAGGUCAGUGGUGUGAAGUGGAGUGGCUUUUACCAGGCAUCACAGUCCUGGUGGUGUCUGCCCCCAGAGCAGGUGGCGCUGGUGAUUGCGGGCAUCACUGGGGGGCUGCUGCUGCUGCUGCUGUUGAUUGGGGUAAGCUGCUGUCUCUGGAAGCAGUUUGGUGCCACAUUCACCUAUGAGGAGCUGCCCGGGACCGGGGUUCCCUCCAGCGUGCAGUGGGACAAGCUCUGCCCACUGGGUGCCAGGACGCAGACAAGCAGGCCACCAGGUAUGCUAUUCGUGGUGCCCACUUCCCUCCAAAGCCAAGACUGGAUGGCCCUGAGCAGCAGAGUGUGGGCCCAGUUUCCACGGGACCCCUGCCCAGCCGCGGAGCUCCUGCCCCACGCCACCGGCAGCAAUCUUGGUGAUCCUCCCAGCCCCUGUGUUGUAGGAGACGUGUGCGUGGUGGGGACCAUCAACCCAGAGCUCUACAAGUUCCCAGGGGACAAAAGUGAGACCAUCUUCCCCAAGGGCUGCCUGGGGUGGCUGUGGUUCUCCGUGGAGUACCAGCAGGAGGCCGAGCGGCUGCUGGUGGGUCUGAUCAAGGCGCAGCGACUACAAGCCCCCUCCGAGACCUGUAGCCCCUUGGUGAAGCUCCACCUGCUGCCUGAUGAGCGCUGCUUCCUCCAGUCCAAGACCAGACACAGAACCUGCAGCCCACAGUUCGAUGAGCACUUCGUUUUCCAGGUGUCCAGCAAGAGCGUCACCCAGAGAGUGGUGAGGUUCUUGGUGUACCACGUAGACAGGCAGAGGAAGCACCAGCUCCUGGGUCAGGUGCUGUUUCCCCUGAAGGAGAUCCUGGAGAGAGACGGCCAGUGCAUCAUCUGGAGAGACCUGGAGGCCGAGAGCCUGGAGCCUCCCUCCGAGUUUGGCGACCUCCAGUUCUGCCUCAGCUACAAUGACUGCCUGAACUGCCUCACGGUGGUUGUGCUGCGAGCCAAGGGCCUCUGGCUCCAGGAGGAUGCCAGUUUUGUCAGUAUGUUUGUCAGAGUGUCUCUGAUCAACCACAACAAGUUUGUCAAGUGCAAGAAGACUUCGGCCGUGCUGGGCUCUGCGGACCCUGUGUACAACGAGACCUUCAGCUUCAGGGCCGACCCCACCGAGCUGGACACGGCCAGCCUCAGGCUGACAGUGCUGCAGAGCAUGGAAGGGGACAAGAGCCACGAGCUGGGCCGGCUGGUGGUGGGCCCCUACAUGUACACCCGCGGCAAAGAGCUGGAGCACUGGAACGAGAUGCUUAGCAAACCCAAGGGGCUGGUGAGGCACUGGCAUGCGCUCUGCCACACCACGGAGCCCUGACCCGGGCGGGCGAGGACCUCGGGUCUGCUGUACAGCCAGGCAUGACAGCCACAGGCUUGGACGCUGCAUCCAGCAUUGCACUGGGCUGCAGGGUCAUGAAUGCUGUUGUGCAGGAGAGAAGAGGGGACAAGAGAGCCCCGGCCAGGGCAGCAGUGUGGCCGGUGGGUUACACCUCUGCAGCCUGAGAGGCCCUCGCAACUCACUCCAUCCUUCUUUACCCAUGGGACUGCCUGGGCUGAGAAUCCUGGCUCCUGGUCAUCCCAGUCACGACUUAGAUCAGAAUCUCAGAUGUUCAGAAGAAACAUUCUCCUUAGGGACAGCAUAGCUGUGUAUGCUGUGUGGAAGUGCCGGGUAAGCUUGGAAAGCUGACGAUGGGUCGCUUCUCAGCCUACACUGUUUCUCCUCUGUGGUUUAUCUGCCUUCUGCCUGGAGGCAAAAACAGACUGCUGUGCAGGAAAUAAUGGGGGUCGGAGGAGAUGCCUAAAGCGCUUACUUCAGUUGGUCUACAAUAAAAAGCACAGCCUGAGAACUGGGUUCGGUGUGCAUGUUUGGGAUCGUCCCAGGAUGCUCGGGCAGCACAGCUUGGGAGAGCAAGCUCUCAGGGAUCCAGACUCUAUAGCUUCACACCUGCGGGAGAAUGCCGUGAGCAGCCGUGCCGGUACCCAGUGGUGGAGAGGUUCUCAGCCUCCGCUCCCUGGGCCAGAUGAGAAGGGCCUAACUUGUGCAUUAGGUCCCUCCCCAGGGCUAUGUCUAAUCCUGCCCCAUAUCAUGUCAAAUCUUGCCCCUAGCCUACCCUCCCCAAGACCUCACACCGCUGGUCUGCUGCCGAUUUCUGUGUCUCCCAGGUUAGCGUUCAGCUCCUGGGGCUCUCACUUUAGGCAAGAAAUGGUGAAAGCUCGCAGCCAAAGCAGGGCCCGCAGAGCUGAGAGCUUUUCUUUGUAAACCUAGGCAUUCCAUCAUGAUUACUGUGUUGUGGUAGGUGUCGGUGUAAAAUUGAUGAAGAUGGAAGUUCCCACAAACCACCGUCAUCAACUCCCCAUAAAGCUGUACUCAAGGUCACCGGCAGCCCUUGCGUUGGUCACCGUUACUUAAUGGGCAGUUGGUGUUAUCACCUCUGUGCUACUGAACUUGCAGAUUCAAGCCCCAUUACUGUAUAAGUAAAGCAAUACUUAAAACAGUAUCAUCUCUUUUCUUACACAGUGAAACAAGUUCAGCAAGAGAAUGUAGUGACUGUGCCCUCGGUCUGUGCCUCUUUGAUGGCACUUUCAAUCUCUGUCAAUGCACUGAUACAAGCUUUGCCCGACAGUGGUCCGUAUGCAGUACUUUGUGUUUGCUUUUCCAUACUUAUUUCAUGUGCACGUUUUCAAUGUAGUCCACACUCCAGGAAUUUCUAAUAGUGUCAGAGCACACAUGUAAUAGGCAUUCUCUAUGUGUUUGUAUAGCCAGCUACUAAAACGGAACUGUUCCCUUUUCACCUGGAAUCCUGAGACCAUAGGUGCCAACCAUCUCCAUAUCUCAAAGGAAGGUUCAUGCCUUUCCAGGGCCACUUGGAAAAGUUGGUAAGUAUCCCCUUUGCAUGGACUUGUAUGUUUGACAGUUAAAAAAUCUCAGUGGCAAGAGACUGGCAGGCUCUCUGCUCUGAUGGGGAGGAGGGAGAUGCUGUAUUGGGUUGGCCACUGUCUACAGACUACCAUUGAAAACUACUAUUAGCUAGCCUUUCUUACUGACAACAAAUUAUUAAUAAAAUACUUCAGCUUUUUUAAAAAGUAUAUUUUAAAUAAUUAAAUAUUUAAAAAUAUAUUUUAGUCUUUUUUUUUUUUGAUGGUGGAUUGAACCCAGCACCUUGUGCUUGCUAAGCAUGAGCUGUAUCCUUCCCCCCAAUUCCACGUAUAUUUUACACCUAACAAGACAUGACUAAUUUCACUGUGUUCAAAUACUCAUUUAUAUUCACCACGUGUUUAAUCGUUCUCUUGCUUUUUAUUAUUUUCCUGCAUUUCUGGGAUUCUACCUGAGAUCAUUUUCCUUCUAUCCAAAGGACUGUCUUUAGUAUUUUUCUAGGGCAGAUUUGCUGGCAGCAAGUUCUCUCAGUUUUUGAGAAAUGUCUAUUUCAAAUUCAUUUUUAAAGGAUAUUUUUGUGGAUAUAGAAUUCCAGGCUGACAGUUCCUUUUCUCUUAGUAGUUUGAAAAUGUUAUUCGAGUUUCAGAGUUACUUUUGUGUGUCUCCCUUUUAUCUGACAUCUUAGCUCCUCCAGUCCCAGCUGCCUUGGCAACUCCAAACUCCAAUGUCUUGUUCCUGCAGCUCCAGAGACUCUACUGCCUUUUCCAACUCUUAGCCAUGGCUCUCUGUCCAAACACUCAGCCUCUUCACUAGAAUCAGCCAGUUUCCUGAAGGGAAAAGUGUUUUACAGAAUGUCAGCCCAACUCCUUGCAUUUUCCUUCUUCUGAGAUCACAGCCCACCAAAUGCUAGUCAACUGGGCAGCUCUUCAGCAAAGAGGUUUUCUGUAUUUUAUUCAGGUUUUCUAGUUGCUCUCAGUGUGAACAUAGUUCUGUCUCAAGCAGAAAAACAAUUAUUUUCUCAGAAUUCUCCUCCCAGAAAAAGAAUUCUUGGGCAAAGAGUGAUUUUAUACAGUGAAUUUGAUGACACAAGUUACAUAGCCUUCUUGGGAGACUGAUAAAGCUAAAAGGAGAAAAAGUUGCUUGUAUCAGUUAGCUACUUUUGUAAUAGUGGUGCAUAACAAACAAUCUCAACAUCUCAGUGUUGUACUAAAAUUCACAUUUAUUUCUCACACAUCUGUGGGUCAGUUGAGUAUGGGCUGAUCUAGGUUAGGCAACUCAUUUCAAGCUGUGAGCCCGGUCAGGCUCAGGUCCUCCCCCAGGUCUGCUCCAACUUUGUUCAUUCUGAGCACCCACUGAACAGGUGGCAGCUACCCAGGGAAAGCUCUGUUCAUGGGAAAGGCAGAAGAAGGGCAAACACAUUUCUACCCUCUGCUUGUGUUGUGUCUCCAAUAUCCCACUGGCUGAAGUAAGUGGUGUGGCCAAGUUCAAAAUCAUGGGGCAGGGUGGUAAACUACACCUUUUUUGUGAGAGGCACUAUAGAGCACCAUGGCAAUGGACACAGCUACAAGGAGGGGUUAAGGAUUGGGGUGAUAAUUCACUAUACUGUAUUGAAGUGUCCUAGAAAUGGGGGACUCCAAGGCCUGUGCUUGGCCUUCUCAGGCAAGUGCAGUCCCUAAGGAGAAGACCUCACUGCCACAUAACUGCUGCCAGGUCUCGAAGCCAGUGCUGCCUGUUAGGUAUCCCAUAGUGAUGACUGGCUGGGAUUUGCACAAAUUCUUUGCUCAA